AUGUCAAGGUCAGCGACACCUUCAUUACCUUUGCAUAAUGCAUCGAACGACUCCUUACGACCUCCCUCAACCAACCCUAUGAGUGGCCGGCCAAAUGCUCCGUCAUCGACCGCAUAUUCGUUGCUCGAGCCUCAUGAAACCGCCAAGCGACUACGGACCUCCCUUUUACACGGCCUGACCCCCGCUGAGGCAGAGGUCCGGUUGGCACGCGAUGGACCAAAUGAGCUUCCCCACGAAGAACCAGAACCCCUCUGGCUGCGGUUUUUUAAACAGUUCAAGGAGACGCUCAUCCUUCUCCUGCUCGCCUCUGCUGGUAUAUCAUUCUUGAUGGGAAACCUCGACGAUGCCAUCAGUAUUACGCUCGCGGUGACAAUCGUUGUAACAGUUGGCUUUGUGCAAGAGUACCGGUCGGAGAAGUCCUUGGAGGCAUUGAGCCGCUUGAUCCCCCAUUAUGCUCAUUUGAUCCGCCAUCUGCCUACUACAAUCUACGCGGGAGCUGAAAAUGGCGGUUCUCCAAUACCGGACUCCGGAGAGGAGCUGCAGGAAAUCCGAAGCCAGAGUCCAGGUACGGCGAGUGCCGCCAUCAAGGCGUCUUCGACCGUUCCCGCGACCGAGCUGGUGCCCGGAGACCUUGUCCUUUUCACUACUGGAGAUCGUAUCCCUGCCGAUAUUCGAAUCACUGCUGCCACGCACUUGAGCAUCGACGAAUCGAACUUGACCGGCGAGAACGAACCUGUGUCGAAGUAUGCGGAAGCUCUGCGCACUAAAUCCAACGGAGCUGGCCCAGCAACUAGUGCAACAAACCCGCCUCGCUCCCCAUUCUACGAUGCACCGGCUACCGGGGCUGUUGGCGCUGACAUUCGGCUGAAUGAGCAGCACAACAUUGCGUUCAUGGGCACAUUGGUUCGCUCAGGCUACGGUCAGGGUAUCGUUAUCUCGACAGGCGCGAAAACGGAGUUUGGCAGUAUCUCGAUUUCCUUGCAAGAGAUUGAAAGUCCUCGAACACCGUUGCAACUGUCUAUGGAUCGCUUGGGUCAGGAACUGAGUUACAUCUCUUUCGGUGUCAUUGGAUUGAUUGUGGUGAUUGGUCUCUUGCAGGGUCGCAAGCUACUCGAAAUGUUCACUAUUGGCGUUUCGCUUGCAGUUGCAGCCAUUCCUGAGGGAUUGCCUAUCAUUGUUACAGUCACCCUGGCUCUUGGAGUUUUGCGCAUGGCUAAGAGAGGAGCUAUCAUGCGGAGGCUCCCUAGUGUUGAAACCCUUGGUUCUGUCAAUGUCGUCUGCUCUGACAAGACCGGCACUCUCACUCUCAACCACAUGACUGUAACCAAGAUGUGGCAUUUCGACUGCGCGGAGCCAUUCGACAUGCACAGAGACACAGCCUCGGUGGUGACUCCUGGCCCAGCAGCGCGAACCAUCCUUCGCGUGGGAAAUAUUGCCAACAACUCGCGGUUAUCGCGAAUUCAUGCCAACUCUCCAGCUAGUGCAUCGUCUGCGGCAGUGCUUUCAUCUACUGUCGACAGUGACUCGGCUGCCGCCAAGAGUAGAUGGGUGGGCCAACCCACCGACGUGGCUAUUCUGGAUUUACUAGACACGUUGGGAGAGGAUGAUGUGCGUGAUCGUAUCAGUGCUCGCGUUCACGAAACCCCCUUCAGUUCCGAGCGUAAAUGGAUGGGUGUGAUUAUUGGUAGCUCUGGUGAAUCAUAUGGCAGCUCUCAUGUUGCCUAUAUUAAGGGUGCUCUCGAACAGGUCUUGGCACGCUCGGAUACUUACCUUACAAAGGAUGGCCGUGAGGUCAUUCUGGAUGAGCCCCGGCGCAAAAUCAUCCGUGACGCAGCAGAAAGCAUGGCAGCGGAGGGCCUCAGAGUCCUCGCGUUCGCCAGUGGGGCAGUGCGAGACACCUCAAGAGGUAGCAGAAGCUUCGGUAGCCGUUCCGGUACACCUACGUUGAAGCCCAACCCCAGCGAUGAGGAUGAUCGAUACAACGGCUUGGUCUUUGCCGGAUUGGCUGGUAUGAACGAUCCCCCGCGCAAGGAUGUCCACAAAUCCAUUCGACGAUUGAUGUCCGGCGGUGUCAGAAUCAUCAUGAUUACUGGUGACGCUGAGACAACCGCUGUGGCCAUUGCGACCAAGUUGGGCAUGCCCAUCAACAAGAACGCACGUUCUGUCAUCCGAGGUGAUGAACUUGACCGCAUGACUGCUGCUGAACUUUCCCAGGCGAUCUCAACCGUCUCCAUCUUCGCCCGUACGAGCCCUGACCACAAGAUGAAGAUUGUGCAAGCACUUCAAUCUCGCGGCGAUGUGGUUGCCAUGACUGGUGACGGUGUCAACGAUGCGCCUGCUCUCAAGAAGGCGGAUAUUGGUAUCUCCAUGGGCAAGCUUGGCACCGAUGUUGCCAAGGAAGCAGCGGACAUGAUUCUUACAGAUGAUGAUUUCUCGACCAUCCUUCGGGCGAUCGAGCAGGGCAAGGGCAUCUUCUAUAACAUUCAGAACUUCAUUACGUUCCAGCUUAGCACCAGUGUGGCUGCACUCAGUCUCGUACUGCUGAGCACCACUCUUGGGUUCAAGAAUCCGCUGAACGCCAUGCAGAUCUUGUGGAUCAAUAUUCUCAUGGAUGGCCCACCCGCCCAGUCCCUAGGAGUCGAACCCGUCGACCCAACGAUCAUGAACCGCCCACCCAGACCCAAGACAGCCCGCGUCCUCACAAGACCUCUGAUCCAACGAGUCCUCACCUCAGCCAUGGUAAUCAUGUUCGGAACAUUAUCAAUCUACAUCCACGAAAUGGGCGACAUCGACGACGGCUCACCAGUCGACAAGCGCUCCCGCAUCGUAACAGCCCACGAUACAACCAUGACAUUCACCUGCUUUGUCCUCUUCGACAUGUUCAACGCUCUAACCUGCCGCAGCGAAGGUAAAUCCAUCCUCCGCGGCGAAAUGCCCCUCUUCGGAAACAAGAUGUUCAACUACGCUGUUCUCGGCUCCCUGGCCGGCCAGGCCUGCGUCAUCUACCUGCCUUUCCUGCAGCGUGUUUUCCAGACGGAACCUCUUGCCUUUGGGUCGCUGGUUAAGCUUGUUUGCAUUGCUAGUUCUGUAUUCUGGGUUGAUGAGGGUCGCAAGUACUUGCAUGCUAUCCGUCGUCGUCGUGGUGUGGGCUCUGGGUAUAGUGUCAAUGUUUAA